AGCGUAGAGAUGAAACAUAACGAGAAGAAAUACGAGUAUGACGUCAUACCUGGUGAAGAUGAUAUAUUCGAUGAUACAAGUUCACACAAGGAAUCUUGGACAAAAAUGGAUAAGCUCUUGUUGAUAUUUGGUUGCCUGUGCGAUUUUUCAGAUGGAACAGAACUUGAUUUACCUGGAAUGAUGACACAACAAGUUUCGUGUGACAUUGAACUGUCUUCAUGGAAAGAAGGAUUAUUGGAAUGCAGUGUGUACUUAGCCUUAGCCAUUUCAACUUUCAUUGCAGGACCAUUGUCGAUAAGAUUUGGAAGACGAAGGUUGAUUCUAAUCUCGCUCUACCUGAGCGCUUUGAGUACAAUAAUCUGUGCUAUAGUUGCAAACUUCACCACUCUCCUUCUGUCUCGGGCUCUCCUCGGCUUUUGCUGUGGACUCAGAUUCAGCACUCUUUAUGUUUGGGCUGCUGAACUGGUCUCUAGUAAAGAGAUUAUAGCCAAAAUAUUGAUGAUAACAGGCAUAAUGUUCCAUAUCGGGGGAAUGUGGUCCUCAGUGUUGGGAUAUUUGCUGCUUGAAAGGGUUGGAUGGAGAGUGUUCCUUCUUUUCUCGUCAUUACCCGUCGUCAUUCCGCCAAUCUUCAUGCUUCACUUCUGUUUCACAGAGAAGGUAUGUCCACAAAUAGAAGAUGAUCAAAACAAGAAAGAAACAGUGACCACCGUUCCAAACUUUGCUGCCAGAACUGCAAAACUCGGGCUGUUCAUAGCUUUAGUCACUUUCAAUGGCUGGCUCACCACCCUCCUCGUUCCAGCGUUGAUCCAGCUGCUAAAUAUCAAGGAAGCAGGACCAAACAGUGACUGCUCUAUCACAAUGACUCAAGGGCCGGAACUCUUGUUACUGGGACUCGUUACCUUCGCAGCCAUACCCGCUUCAUUACUCACGCACUGGAUAAAAGAUAAGAUCGCAUUUCGCAAACUGCAGGGUAUAAUUGCAUUGAUUUACACGGGAAAUUUUGCACUGAUGCUCGCACAACAAAGCUUAGCAGUAGCGAUUUUGACAAACUUCAUAGCUAAGUUCUUGUACGGAAUUACUAGUUUGAGCUACUGUUAUGUCCUCUUCGACGUUGACUACUAUGGAACAGAUAAAUUUGUGCUAGGCUCUAGUAUUUCGUCCUCAAUGGGCUUGAUAGGAGGAAUGGCUGGGUCGGCUAUGAUCGCGUUUGCUCCCAUAUCGUCUGUUAUAAUCACUGCCUUGGUGCUCAGUGCUGUUCAGAUGAUAGUGAUUCUUUCUAUGACAGAGCUAUGACAUAGAAAUGUUGAGCUGUUCAAUAGAGAUGGACAGAAGGUAUACAAACAGACAUUUUGAUUUAAGUGUUUCAUAAAAUUUAUGUGUUUUAUUUCCCCCCGAUCCAUGAAUCUUUUGCUGUUAGGCACAAAAGAUUCAAGGACAAGGGUUAGCGAACGAAGUGUUUUAUUUUGUUGUAUAUUAUAUAUAUUUUUGUUUGCGUCCGCGCGCACAUUUCUCUGAUAUGAACAAUCAAAAUUUCUACGAAAAUCUUGUCUGAUGUCACGACCGAAAAUGAUAUUCUUGAUAAAGGAGCAUUUUCAAAAAAGCUAUUAAUAUUUAGCCCUCUACUGCCCUCAUUUAUCAUCAAGUGGUUUUUAAAAACAUAUACAUUUAUACGUUACCAUCGUGGUCCUUGAGCACCCUCAGUUGAUAUAUUUAUAAUUUUUGAAUAACAACUAAUAUUUGACGUAAUUUGGAGGAACAAAAGCCGAUCAAAUAUGAAACUAGUAGGCUUACUAAUAUGGCAAACAUUACUUUUGGUAACAGUGCAGAGUAGCGAGAUAUUCGAGAUCUAUAAAGAGCAGUACGACGAGGCAGGAUGGAACGUUGCUAGGGAAAUGAUCGGAGACAUCAUCUCAGAGGAUGGUCAAACUUUCCGACCAAGUUAUAGGCGAAUUCUCUCCACGAUAGAGUCUCAACUCUGUUUCGAAGAAGAUCUAAGUAAGGAUGAUAGUUGCGACCCAAUACGAAACUGGAUACCUGGAUGCAAGUGUAAAGAUGAAUUCGCUGCUCUAAAAGGGGACUGCAAAAACGCACCCUGCAAAAUUCUACGACUAAUCAAGACAAACGGUCCCAACAUACUACAGGGUGUCGCAUCCGCUGAAAGUUACGAAGAACGCUUCAGAGUUCUCAUGGAUUUGAUUGAACAAAUUUGGAGGAUUCUCUGCGAAUGUCGAGGCGUAGUAGGGGCAACAAUUAACUGCAUCAAGGGUUACAACGGCUCAAUCUUACUACGGCUCCUCCACGUUGAUCUCUCAAAGUUUGAAGAAAUCGUGAAUCAUCUGGACUGGGAUAAUAUGGGAGAAAUAGUACACGGUUAUUUAGACGCUAUCUGUGGACAGCACAAAGGUGAAGACUGUCUUGAUGUUUUCAAAACAUGGCAGAUCAAUAUAGGAGCCCUCUUUGAUAACACGUUUAAUAACACGGACACUUGUCUUUCUUUAAUUCGAGUUGAGGAAGAUGUAGAAAAAUACCUCAACUCCCAGAUCUACAAUAGCGAUAUGUCUAACACCACGGUCUACGUCAACGGGAUCGCAGAUGCUCACGUGAAAGUGGAGGAAAAGCUUCGCUGUGAUGCUGACUGUGCGGAAGAUAUGCGGGACGCGUUCUACUUCAGCUGUUGUAUAAAACGGGUCGGGGAGACGCUCACUUCCGAGGAGAUGAAGGAAAAGUUUAUGAAACUGUUUGAGAACGUUUGGAGUCUAAACCACGCAGGGACACCGCCCAAUUUGCGGGGAGCUGUGAACAAGUGCUUCUCUAUCCACAGACCAGCAAGCUUCUGUGGAGAUAAAACCGAUGUGUACAGAAACAUGGACCAGAAGUGCGAUGCUAUGGGAAAUUGAGCAAGCGUAUUUUGUUUUAUAUGAUAACUUCGAUGGAUAACAAACGUUUAUUGACAAGAGUCUAUUGUUUUCAAAGGAAUUGGGGACUCACUUUUCAUGAUUGAAUAUAUUAUGAUUUUAUGAGGGAAAUCUUUCAGCGCAGUAAGUUGG